GAGGACUGUAUGGUGAUUGGUUGAAAGAGUGCGUUACGUCAAGCGCUCCCGCGGAAGUACCGAGGAUUGGAAAAUAGAGGUUAUGCUGCAUAGAGCACAGCGGGUGAAGGAGACAUUUACCUGUAGAUACAGUAAGAGUACAACCAUGAGCUGAGGCUCCCCAAACCCGCCUUUCUCAAUGAUGAACGACAAACUGGUGUUCCUGGGUCUCCUUUACUUCAUCCAGGGCAUUCCGUAUGGCCUGCAGUCUUCUUUGCUCCCGGUGUACCUGCGCGGUGCCAGCCACUCCCUCACCCGCAUCAGCCUCACCAAAAUCCUCUAUUUCCCCUGGGUGCUCAAGGUAAUCUGGGCCCCUCUGGUGGACCGGACUGGCACCAAGCGCUGCUGGUUAGUGGGCACAGUGGCUGGUCUGGCUCUCACCUGUUUGGUGAGCGCUACAAUCUCACCUGAUGUUCAGUACAUGGGCGUAGUGGGCUCUCUGCUCGCUAUGAACGUGCUGGCAUCAGUGCAGGACAUUGCGGCGGACGGAGUGGCCGUGCGGCUGCUCAGGGGGCAGGGGGAGCUGGGUCUGGGAAACACUGUGCAGGUGGUGGGGUAUAAAGCUGGCUCUGUGUUUGCUGGAGGGGGGCUCCUGGCUGUGAUUGAUGUUGCAGGCUGGGGCUGGAUGUUCGCACUGCUGGCCUGUGUUUACGGUGGUGUUGCUCUGUUCGUGUGGGGUGCUCCGGUGUUGGAUGGAGAGUCGGUGUGGGGACAGGGAGAAGGACGGAGAGGGUCAAAGGAUGUGAUGCAACCCUGGAAGGUGUGGAGGAAGCUCUUGUCUGUGCCAGGAACGCCAUGGAUGAUGUUCUACGUUUUCACAUACAAGCUAGGUGAACAGGGGGCUAUCACCAUGUUUCCUCUCUUCCUGCUGGACCACCACAUGACGGCCAGAGAGCUUGGGUUGUGGAAUGGGGUGGUUGCCAUGGCUUUUUCCAUCUGUGGCUCAUCAGUCGGGGGUUUCUUACUCUCUCAGUACAGUAUUGGCAUGCUAAUGAGACGUGUGUUUAUGAUGCGGACUGUCAGCAUGGUCUUCCAGAGCUCACUUCUCGUAGUGCUAGAGCCCUCGCCCUUGAUGAAAGGUAUGGCAGUGCUGAGUCUGAGUUUGCAGCAUUUCAUAGCGGGUCUCAUCACCACUCUGACGUUCACCACAAUGAUGAACUGCACACAGAGAGCCGAGGAGAGCAUACAGGCCACCCACUACAGUUUUCUGGCCACACUGGAGGUCCUUGGGAAACUGAGUUUUAGUGCCCUGGCUGGAGGUGAGAAAGAGGGAAGUCGAAUCUUAUGUUUCACAUAAGAUACUGGUGACCAAAUAGCCAGUGAAAUGAAUAUGUUGUUUUUAUUUGUAUUUAUUUAUAACUCCACCAGCACUGAUGUGACAAGAGCCACACAAGCACUCUCACUGAAAGCCAGUACCUCUUAACAGCUACAUUGCACCUCUACAGUAAACUAGCUUUAAAGGUACUUGCUUUUCAACAACAAGUCAUCCUGAAUGGCAAGCGGACUGAGCUAUGGCAACACUGUGCACAUGUCAUCUAGUCUGCCUGAAGGACAGCAGUUAAUCAUUUAAACAGCAAAAUGUGGUUAAUCUAUUACGUUUGAUAUAACGGACAAUGACAACUGUAUUCUAUACAAUUUUACUGGUUAUAAAAGAUCUAUAUCAGGGUCUAGUCAAGUUUGGUUUAGGUAAUCACCCUAGUCAUUUACACAUUUCAUUAUAUACAGCAUGCAUUCACAUGCCUUAGAAAUGCCUUUAGUUUUUAAUCUGAUGCCCUCUGACACCUUAGAUACAAUUCCAUCAGCUUAUUGACCAAUCAGCAACACACUGGGAGCAGUAUGAACAUUGAAUUAUGGUACUAUGCUUAGUGGAGUGCAUUUUUGUAUUCUCAAUGCAAUACUUAAAUUAAAGGGGUCAUAUCAUUGAAUAUUCAUAUUGCGUUAAAUAUAAGUUAAAUGUAUGAUGAAAAAGCAAUACCUUUUUACAGUAUUAUACAUCGACUCCUAUUUGGUGUUCAGUGACUUGAUCCAAAAAUAUUGCUUAACUCCAAAAGAAUCAAUGAAAAGAGUGAAAUUAGUUAAAAACAUUGUGCUGUUCCUGGUUGUGGAGCACCUGAAAAUCCUUAUCCUUCCUAGGAUUAUUAGGAAAUGUUAGGGAAAAUUGGCCCAGCAGCAAAUGUGAUAUCAAGAUGGUGUAUGACCGUCUUAAAGGCACAGCAGCAAAAAUCAAGGGCCGAAAAUGGUCAUGACAAACUUAAUUAGGACUGUUUCGAUGAAGUGGACCUCAGGGAAAAAAUGAUUUGAAAAAGUAUAUGACAUGACCCCUUUAAUGAUUUUAAAUACUGUACAUUGCAACAGUUAAACUCAUCAAGCUCAUUUUUUUGAGCCGAUACAUGAUUGUUUGAAAUGUUUAUGUUUUUGUAUGAGUUGUCUGCAUUUCCUAUGCAAUAACACAAAAUUGUUCAUGGUUAUAACAUACAACUUUGCUUCUCGCACAUGAAAAAAACCUUUAAAUCGCCUUAUUAUUAUUUUAAAGAUUUACUGCAAAGCCAAAACAUGUGGAGCUAUUGUUGAGACUAUGUAGGCAUACGUGUGGGAUUCAGUUUUGGAGGGGAUGUCAAUUUCAGUUGCAAAAAAAAAUAAUCAAAUGAAACUGCAGCUAUACAUGUAUAUAGCGCAGUUACAGUACAUGUUUUCCAUUCCUGUUGAAAGCAGAACAAUAUUUAAAUAUAAUACACUAUAGUAUAGUACAAUAGUAUAGUCUAUCUAAUCUUCUUCUUUUUUUGUAUUUGUUUUCUUGGAGAAACGGAAACGGACAGUCUCAAUUAAAUGCUACAUUUUAAAAAUGGUUACAAGCUCAUAACACUUUAUGAAAAAAGUGGAAAAGCUGUGGGCAAUUGAUGGUUAUUUUGUCAUUAAAUCCUCUGAUAAGCAAAGCCCUUACCAAACAAGCCAUAUUUGUCAUUUUAGCUUGGACUAAAGGAGACUCAAAAAUAAAAGGUAUUACUGA